AUGGCCUCAUCACCACCGGUGCUUGAUGAUGAUAGCAACACCUCUUCCGACUCCGAUUCCUCCGCAUUAGUCUCGGAAAGCGAUGACCCCAUCACUCAGCAAGAUGCUUCUCCCCACGACCAUGACUCUCAGAACGUAAAUCAUGUUAUCGAUGGUCCCACACAUGCAGCAAAGUCCUCAUCGUCCAAGUCCAACCUUGGAACAGGGACUAGCGUCACCAAGGGCGCCGGACCAAGUCUGCACACAAGCAACGAGCGCCGCUUUCGGCCUCCCGUCACCUAUAAUCUCAAGGAACUCAGCAAGAAGGCUCGACUGCCUUCCAAAUCGUCUCCACAGAAGGGCCUGGGUAAAGACUCUGCCAGCGGCAUGCCAGCCCUCAAACCCUUAGGUAGCGAGCCCAGUCCCUUUACAUAUAACCUAAAGGAGCUUUACGAACAUCAGAUAACCGGUCAGUCAAAACCCACUCAACACAAUGCCGCAAAUCCCAUGGAAAAGGGGUCGAGGAGACUGGCCCCUGAGGUCGAGCUCCCCAAAAGGCCUCUUGGUGAGGAAAAUGGUCCGGAACAGCUUGCAAAGCGUCCACGCGUUGGGCAUGACGUAUUCAUGCCAACUACCUUGAGCGAGCCUGGUGCUUUUGACAAGGAAGUCUCACGAGCCCAACGCCAAGAUUCAACUGCAGGGCGCCGCCAGAGGAAUACAUCGACUGCUGCUGGCGAUGUGUCAAAUCUGGUCGAGUACCUUCGCCCUAUCCUCCGGCGUGGAGGAGUUCCAGAUCCUGCUGGGAUGCUGCGCCUGGAAUGCUUCAGCACAUUGGUGUCGCUUCCUCAACAGCGUACCAUUGAAUGGAACGCUCAUCACGGCUUGCCAUGGACGUACAGACACAAAAUUGAUAUCACAUCCUUAUUGGUCCAAAUCACGGGAGAACGGCCGCCUUCGCCCUGUGAGAGGUGUGAAGCUGGGCGCGGCAAGUACAUGGGCUGUUUCGUCAUCUCGUCAGCCGCCAACACUGGCAGCAUAUAUGGAUGUGCAAAUUGCAUCUACCACGGCAAGCAGACAUUCUGCAGCCUCAAAUCUUGGGGGAAGAAAAAACUCCGGGAUGGUGCCACCUCAGCACCUACUGCCACUAUCGCAAAAGACAAUGCGGAAACGGAUCUUGGAACACGAGGAGCAAGCCAACAAGACGCCGCAACAGCGUCAGUGCAUCAAAACCCAGUUGACAAGGUGGCACAAACCCGACCAACAAGUCUCAAAGCAACACCUCUUGUGACUGCAGGGAUAUUACCAGGGACAGUCACGAUGGAACCGUGGGAGAGAGCACCAGGACGGAUCCGCUCGGUAACCUCCGACAAGCCCGAGAGUGAGUAUUAUCACAUUCGCCUUGACCAUACCUUCAACGCUUCCAACUGGCUGACAUUACAAGACAUUGCGUUUUCAAAGGCAUACCUGACAUCUGGCAGCGAAGUCCAUCCUUGCAAAGAGGCAACUUUUCGGGUCGAGGUCAUUUGCUCCGGCCGUAGUUGUUAUUUACAGCCCCAGACAGGCGUUACGCGUCUCUGCUCAAUCGCGGCUGGGAAGCUGACUGUCAAAAUAGAGGGCGAAGAGCCAUUUGUCAUUGGACCCCAUGGCAUGUUCCGCAUCACGUCGCAUUCGACAUGUCUCGUCGAGUCCGAAGUCUAUGACGACGUAGUUUUGCAUAUCACUUCCAUCAAAACCGAAGACGAUUGA